ACGUAUCACCUGGGCGUUUAGACCAGUGAGUCGGUCAACGUGCAAAAGGGAUAACAAUAGCGACGCAGAAAAAAUUAUGCUUGCCUUCACAGGAAAAUAUCUCCGGGACCGGAAGUCGGAUCGAUAUGAAUCAAACGGUAUUUUCAAGGGGAAGCCUUCCUGCUUCGAACAUUGGAAGUUUUAUCCGUCUACAGUUAUUUAUUGCGAAGUAAUUAAAUCAAUUAUCGAAUAAAUGAAGGCGUACAUAACAAAAUAGCAGAAACAUACAAAAUGUAAAUUUUUAAAUAUACGAAUAGGUCUAAAAACAUAUCUUAUCUAAUUACAUUUGUUUGUUCCAUCGCCAGCAGUUAUCAAAUUUUAUACAACGUUAAAAAGAUAAUGCAUAUGUACUUGAAUGUAUGUUUAUGUAAUAUGAUAAGCGGUACAAGUGGUGGCUGCCGUGAUACAAUAUUAAACAGAUAUUCGGAAAAAUUGAUUUAGUGUUUAAUACUGUUGCAGUUUGGGUAGAACUAAUUAAAGGCAAACGAAAUAUCGUAUUAUAUCUUGGAGAUUUGUUUAAGUGUAUGAACAAUGGCACUUUUAAUUACGGAUGUUGAUGUGAAAGACAUCAGAUUUCCAACGUCGUUAUUAGCAGAUGGAAGUGAUGCUAUGCACACUGAUCCUGACUAUUCUUGUGCCUACGUUACAAUCAAGACUAACAAAGGAAUUGAAGGAUAUGGAUUAACAUUUACUUUGGGCAGGGGCACGGAAAUCGUCGUACAGGCUUGCAAGUCAAUGUCAUAUUUAGUAAAGAAUCAGAACGUAACUGAAAUUUUCGAAAAUUUUGGGUCCUUCUGGAGGAAGCUAACCAGUGAAUCUCAACUAAGAUGGAUUGGACCGGAAAAGGGUGUUACCCAUCUUGCCACGGCUGCCAUAGUAAACGCACUGUGGGAUCUGUGGGCUCGGAUAGAAAAUAAACCCGUUUGGCAACUACUUGUCGAUUUAACUCCCGAACAAUUAGUUUCUACGAUUGAUUUCAGAUACAUCACCGAUGUCAUUACGAAGGAAGAAGCAAUAAAAUUAUUGAAAGACAACGAGAAGGGGAAAAAGGAACGCGUGGAGUUGUUACGAAAAAAUGGAUAUCCAGCGUAUACUACGCAAGUGGGUUGGCUCGGAUACAGCGACCAUAAAGUUCAAGAGCUUUGCGCAAAGUUUUUAGCCCUUGGUUUCACGUCUUUUAAAGCAAAGGUCGGGCAAAAUUUGAAGGAUGACAUAAAAAGAUGCCAACUGAUACGCGAUGCGAUAGGAUACGAGAAUAAAUUGAUGCUCGACGCAAAUCAAAUUUGGGAUGUCAAUGAAGCGAUAGAGUGGAUGAAACAGUUGAUGAAAUUCAAGCCGGUUUGGAUAGAGGAGCCCACGUCUCCGGACGAUGUGUUGGGUCAUGCGAUAAUUGCGAAUGAGUUAAGACCGCAUGGUAUCGGCGUCGCGACUGGUGAAAUGUGCGCUAAUCGCGUAAUGUUUAAGCAACUGCUGCAAGCGAAAGCGAUCGACUAUUGUCAAAUUGAUUCGGCUAGAAUUGGUGGCAUCAACGAAAUACUAGCCGUUUAUCUGAUGGCGAAAAAAAGGGGCGUUCCAGUCUGUCCACACGCUGGUGGAGUGGGUCUCUGUGAAAUGGUCCAACAUUUACAAAUGUGGGAUUUUAUUUCCUUGACAGGAUCAACCGAAAAUCGAGUGAUAGAGUAUGUUGAUCAGCAGCAUGAGCAUUUCGAACAUCCUGUGCGUGUUCAAAAUGCAUGUUACAUGCCGCCUACAGCGCCAGGUUAUUCGACCAAACUGAAACAGGACUGUAUCACCAAGUAUUCGUAUCCAAGUGGACAACAAUGGACAGAUAUGUACGAAAAAGGGAUUUUUCAAAAACCAUCAAAUUAAGAUAAAUACAAAAACAAAAUGUACAUAAUUAUAUUAACUGUACAAUGAUUUAUAGUAUAAUACAAAUAUAUUUUCGCAAAUCUAAAAUGCAUAAAAGAUGUACCACAGCAUUUAAAUACCACAAUAAAACAAUUGCUUUUAGGGAAGACAAA